AAGAUGAAAGUUGACAUCGUUGCAAAAGAAAUUAUCAAACCGUCCUCUCCAACCCCUGAUAAUUUAAGAAGUUUCAAGUUAUCCCUAUUUGAUCAGCUCGCUCCUGCAGUUUAUGGACCUAUGAUUUUCUUCUACCCAAAUGGUGACACAACUCACCAUGCCUUCCUUGCUGAUCAGCAAUCCCACCACCUAAAGAAAUCGCUAGCCGAUACGUUAACUCGCUUUUUCCCACUAGCCGGAAGAAUAAAAGACAAUUUCACGAUUGACUGUAACGACUAUGGAGUUGGUUGUGUGGAAGCACGAGUCAACUGUCUUCUGUCGGAAAUUCUGGAACAUCUUGACUUGGAAGCACUUAAUCAGUUCUUGCCAUUUGAGCUGGAUUCGACUGAAUCAAGCACAGACUCUCUAAUACUUGUUCAAUCCACCUUCUUCAAUUGCGACGGUGUUGCCAUUGGGGUCGGCCUUUCGCACAAGUUAACAGAUGGAGCCACGUAUGGCACGUUCCUGAAGGGCUGGUCCGCCACAGCUCUUGGCGUAGGCGAUACCGUGGUUCCAUUAUUCAAUGCAUCAUCCUUGUUCCCGCCGAGGAAUUUAUCUACCAUGACUUCUAUGGCACUUAACUUCUCGAAAGAGAAGUGUGUUUUACGGAGAUUAGUUUUCGCUGCGCCAAAGAUUGAUGCUCUUAAGGCCAUAACUGCCAGUCCAGGCGUGCAAAAUCCAACACGAGCCGAAGCUGUGACCGCACUCAUUUGGAAAUGUGCUUUGAACGCUGCAAGAUCAAACUCAAGGAUUUUGAGGCCAUCUCUCUUGUCCCAAUCUGUGAAUUUACGUAGCCAGAUUGUACCACCGUUGCCUGAAAACACUAUCGGUAACCUCGGCGCGCACAUUUCAGCCCGCAAGGACGAGAGUGAGAUAGAAUUACAAGGGUUGGUUCGUGAGAUUAGAAGAGGAAAACAAGAUUUCAGUAAGAAGUAUGUGAAGAAACUUCAAGACGACGCAUUCAAGGCGAUUACGGAGACAUUCAAAGAGGCAGUGAGCAUGUUUAAAAGCCGAGACAUAGAAUUCUACAAACUAACAAAUAUGAGUAAUUUCCCAUUUUAUGAAAUUGAUUUUGGGUGGGGAAAGCCAACGUGGGUGACUAUUUCGGGCGCGACUCUGAAGAAUCUGGUGAAGCUGAUGGACUCUAGAGAAGGCGAUGGAUCAAUAGAGGCUUUGGUGAUUCUGAGUGAAAAGGAUAUGACAUUAUUUGAAUGUGACAAGGAGCUUCUUGCUUAUGCUUCUUUGAAUCCAAGUCUCUUGAAGCUCAACCCAAUGAGGCCAAUGACACCUUUAUUAACAUCUUCCUUGUAA